UGAAAGUUCACAAUGGCAUGGUCAUAUCAGGUGACAAUGUGGAGCAGUUUGGCUGCCUUGCCAGAUUAAAUGUCUCAAAUUCGGACCAUGACCAGCAAAUACAAUGAAGCGGACGGGGAAAUCGACGCGCUGCCAUUCGUUUAUUAUGAGGACGACGAUGAUUUCGAUACAUUCACGGACGGCGACGGAGACUGCGGCUGCGAUGAAGGAGUGCUGGGGUUCAGCGAUCCAUUCAGCAGCGAGGUUAAACCUCGUAUCCUGCUCAUGGGCCUUCGGCGAAGUGGCAAAUCUUCCAUUCAGAAAGUUGUAUUCCACAAGAUGUCACCCAACGAGACCCUGUUUUUGGAGAGCACCAAUAAGAUUUGUCGAGAGGAUGUAUCCAACAGUUCCUUCGUGAGCUUUCAAAUCUGGGACUUCCCCGGUCAGAUUGAUUUCUUCGACCCCACGUUCGACUACGAGAUGAUAUUUCGUGGAACAGGGGCUCUUAUCUUCGUGAUAGACUCACAGGACGAUUACGUGGAGGCAUUAAGCAGACUUCACCUCACUGUGACAAGAGCCUACAAAGUGAACCCAGACAUCAACUUUGAGGUGUUUAUACACAAGGUGGAUGGACUGUCGGACGACCACAAGAUUGAGAAACAGAGUGACAUACACAAGCGAGCCAAUGAUGAUCUAGCUGAUGCUGGUUUAGAAAGAAUACACCUAAGCUUCUACCUGACAAGCAUCUAUGAUCAUUCAAUUUUCGAGGCCUUCAGCAAAGUCGUGCAGAAACUGAUUCCUCAGCUUCCCACUCUUGAAAAUCUGCUCAACAUUUUUAUAUCUAAUUCAGGGAUUGAAAAGGCUUUUCUUUUUGAUGUGGUCAGUAAGAUUUACAUUGCAACAGACAGCAGCCCCGUGGAUAUGCAGACCUAUGAGUUGUGUUGUGACAUGAUAGAUGUGGUUAUUGACAUCUCCUGCAUCUAUGGGUUGACUGGAGAUGAGAUGGGAACUCCUUAUGAUAAAGAGUCAAUGGCCAUAAUUCACCUAAACAACACAACAGUCAUGUACCUAAAGGAGGUCACCAAAUUUCUUGCUCUGGUGUGUUUCAUAAGAGAGGAGAGUUUCGAGAAGAAAGGACUCAUUGACUACAAUUUCCACUGUUUCAAGAAAGCCAUAGAAGAGGUGUUUGAUGUACGAUUGCAAGUGCAAAGAAACCGGAAACUUUUAAAUCAGAGAAGGUGGAGCAGACAGACGGUGCCGAAUGGAACUCAAUCGCAACCUCAUUGAAGACCUGCCCAUUACUGUGACUCUGUGACUGAAGGAUUCAUGCAGACUUGCAUGUUUGCUGGGUUUAAAGGGCAACUUACUGCUCUUUUGCAAUCCAGAGGAUGAAUACACACUUGUUUUGUGGAUUAAACACUUGCACUGCCUAACCUAGCUGUAAAUGUUAAAGUGUUCCUGUAUAGCUCAGUGGUAGAGCAUUGCAUUAGCAGCGCAAAAGGUCUUGGGUUCGAACCCAGGGAACACACGUACUGAUAAAAGUAAACCUUGUAGUGCACUGUAAGUCGCUUUGGAUAAAAGCGUCUGCCAAAUGCAUUAAUGUAAAAUGUGUUACCUGUCCACAAGGAAUUAAUGUUUAUCCAUAUUUAUUUUUACAAAAAGGGGAAUUUCUUUAUUUUGUUGAACACAAAAGAAGAUAUUUUGAUAAAUGAUUGUUGACGGCACCCAAAGUAUUUGUUUUUUCCUACUACGGAAGUCAAUGUGUACCAUCAACUGUGUACUUGCUUUCCAUCAUUUAUCAAAAUAUAUUUUUUUGUGUUUGAAUGGGUGAGUAAAUGAUGGCAAAAUAUUUAAGUGAAUGAUCCCUUUUAGCCAUUACAUUACAAUAUACAAUGUAUGCAAUGUAUUUGUACGUAAUUUCAUGGUGAAAAAAUCGCUUUUUUAUAUAGGACACAAGCAUAUUUUUGAAAAUAAUGGGCACUAUCAUACCUGGCACAAUGCAGCGCAAAGCGUGAUGCUUGUUUGGUAGUUUCAGCCUGACGCAGUUAUCAUUUUCAUGUCCAGCGCAACGUUGUUUAAAUGGCAAAUGCAUUUGCGCUGAUUUCUGCGCCCAUGGGCGCCCUGGUCUGAAAACUAUGUGUUCAGGCGCAUUGACGGCGCGUUGCUAUUUUGAGGCAACUAAAAUAAACUACGCCAUUGACCAACUAAAACCUGGUCUAAAGUCAAUGCCACAAUUUUUUUGUUAUUUAAAAAGCGUGUUAGUAAUACGACAAUGGACGCGCAGCAGCACACAAGAUUUAAAUAUUUAAAAUAAAAAAUGAAAGGAUUAAAAUUUAAAAGAUUUUUAUUGUGUCUCUUGGACAUAAAUAAGGACAGAUUGCAGGACUUUAGAAAGCGUGAAGAGUUGAAGAGCUGCUUUACCUGUAGACUGGUAAGCUGGUAAACUUUUUUCUUUUAAAAAGUGCAAAUAUUGCAUUUUUUUUUUAUAUUUUUCUUAACUCUUUCACCGCCAGCGUUUUAAAAAAAAGUUGCCAGCCAGCGCCAGCGUUUCUCAUGAUUUUCACCAAAGUUUAAUGGCUUCCAGAAAAUUUUCUUCUUUAAAUAAAUAGACAUACAAUAUACCAAAUGAAAGAACAGACCCUCUGCUUUCAAACAAAAAAAAACGUUUCAUCCUACCUUUAGUAGUUCUUUUGCAAUCAGCUUUUGAAUAUGGGUAGGUUUUUGCAAAAACACCAUAUUUUGAGCAAAAAGCAAAAAUAAUUCCAUAUUUGUGACGGACUUUUCAUAGAGAUCCCAUUCAGAGCGAUCUUUAAAACAGACACGGACAUGCAGCAGCUUGCCAUAGGGCAAUACUUCCGGUUUUAAAAAGUUGCGGUGGAUAAUAGCGGUAUUGCGGAAAGACGGAAAAUCUCGUCAUUGGCGGGGAAGCGUUUUCUCUUAAUUGACGAGAUAUCUCGUCAAUGGCGGGGAAAGAGUUAAAUGCUGCCCAAGGAUUUAUAGUAUAUGAUGACUUUGUACCUGUGGAUAGGUUGAGAUGAUAAUUUUUUUCAAAACACUCAGUGCUGAAGUGGCUCUCCAAACGGUUGUAAAAUCUUUAUCGUAUUUGUUACAAAUAUUAAGUAUUUUUACUAAUGCAAACCUUUUUUUUUGCAUAUUUGUUAAUGAUUCUUAUUAAAACCUUUACAGUGAUAAUGCAUCAUAUUUUAUUGGCUUAUUUUACUUAUUACUCCAUGACUGAAAUAACGACUUUUAAAGAGAACCAAAGCUUAAACUGCACAAUUAACCAUUGCAAUGAAUAAAACACAAUGCAAAUUUUUUUUAACAUCAAUCUUAAACUGGUGGUCUACAAUUUUAAUGCUUACAAACUCUGCCAUAUAAACCAUAAAUCGGCAUGGCGCGAGCGUAACUGGCUUUUAAAGGGGAUUUAAGAUGAGAUUCUUAUUGGUUUAUUGCAUGUUACGCCCCAAAACACACCCAUUAUUUUUUACGAGAAAAGGAACAAACUCUAUUAGACUGUGUGCCAGGCGCACAGACCAUAUGCCCGCCGUUAAACUAGCAAAAGUGGAUUCGGACACACCUUAAAGCAACACUAAAGAGUUUUUGCUCUUUGCUCCCCCUACAGGUUGGAAGCGGAAUUGUCCAUUACCACUGUCCUAAAUAAUUUAGCUUACUGCAGCAAAGCUGGCUCUGAUUGGAUUGUAGGUCUGCCGUAAAGCAAGUUUUUUUUUUUUGAACGGUUCUAAACUUCUUUAGUGCGGUUUUGGCUGAUAGAGGGCUUCAAAGCGAAUGUUAAAGUGCUGUUCACCCUGUUUCGAGUGGAAGAACGACUUUUUUGAAACGUUAUUUUAAGGUAAAAAAAACUCUUUGGUGUUGCUUUAAGUGCACUUGCGCCCUGCGCCUAAAUUAGGGCCCAAUAGUAGCAGAGUUUUAACUUAAAAAAAAAAAAAAUUCUUUACAAUGCAAAAAAAAAAUUCUUUACAAUGCAUAUUUAAGAGUUAAAAUAAUAAUAAUCAUUUAAUUAACUGUUUAAACUUAAAGUGUGGAUGUUAAUAUAUUUUCUAUUAUCCCGACUUAAUAUGCAGAGACAACUAUAAUGCUGUAUUCACACCAAACGUGGUAGAGGCGGCAAAAACACGCUAUUUGCACGUAGUUGGACACUUAAACUUGAAUUUACUUGCUUCAUUCGCGCGUGACAUUCUAGUCAUUCGAGACAUUCACACAGAAAUUCCCAUCAUGGGAGGGGCUUCAGCAACUCCCUUAGCUUCUUGUUAUCAUGUCACUACUAGAGCAAGCUCCUGAUUGGUUAACGUGGUGUGAUUUUCCGCCAAAGUUCAGAUUUUUCAACUCACACGUUUCCCUAUCGCGCCACGCUUAACGGCUUGCGCCGCUAACCGCUUUGCGCUGCGAGACCUCCAGAUGCACGUAAACGCGUCUAAACAUUGAAAUCACUCCCGCUAGACGCCUCUACCGUGCUGGUGUGAACGCAGCAUAAGUAACCCAUUGGUUGGUUCAGUGUGUAAUUCAAUGGUGUGGGUUUGGGGUGGGACAGUUUUUUUUGUCUGACCAGUUGCAGACGGGAAGUUUGAAAACAAUUAUUGUUUAUGCAUAUUUCUUAUUGUAUGAUACUAGUGACACAGUACUUAAAGCCUUUUGUGUUUUAGUCAAUUAAUAAUCAGUUUGCAAUACCUCAUUAUUUUUAUUUGAUUGAUUAAACCAAUUUUGUCCUUAAAGUUGCUAAAAAUGUUAGCAUACGCACAAACUACAGUACAACAAAAGCAUGUAAAUGGUUGUUUUGCAUAUUGUAGUCAUGUUAGCCUACAAGCACAAAACUGAUACUAAUAUGCAUAAAUAUUUAUUUAUAUAGUUUAUUAAAUAUAUACUGUAGAGUGCUUUGAUAUAAAAAAAAUUGUCAUAAUUUUGGGAAAAAAAUAUGUAUAAUGUUACUAAAUUAAAUGCAGGAAGUAUUCAUGCU